CCGCUCUCUCUCUCUCUCUCUCUCUCUCUCUCUCUAUCUCAUCUCUUCUGCUCUGCGUCUGUGUCAGGGACCAAACUCUCUCACAUUCCCCAAUAACACUCUUCCUUCUCUCUCUCUCUCUCUCUCUCUCUCGAUCACCCGAGAAACCACCAUCCUUUUUACUCUGCACAACUCUCUCUCUCUCUCUCUGCGAUUUCGAAGCCUCUUCUUGUUCGGAUCUGCAUUUUCUAUGAAUUAUCAAGUCAUGACUUCGGAGCUCUUGGAAAUCCAGCCCCGAGAACUCAAGUUUACCUUUGAAUUGAAGAAACAAAGCUCGUGUUCAGUUCAAUUGGGUAACAGGUCUGAUCAGUAUGUUGCAUUCAAGGUGAAGACUACAUCUCCAAAAAAAUAUUGCGUACGGCCUAACAUAGGCAUUAUUAGGCCAAAAGCAACUUGCGAAUUCACAGUUACCAUGCAAGCUCAGAAGGUAGCUCCCCCUGAUUUGCAGUGCAAAGACAAGUUCCUUAUUCAAAGCACAGUUGUGCCCUUUGGAACAACUGAUGAGGACAUUACCUCUGGCAUGUUUUCUAAAGAAAGUGGGAAAUACAUUGAUGAGAAGAAGCUGAGGGUUGUUCUUAUUAGUCCACCACAUUCACCCGUUCUGCUUCCAAACAAUGGAGAAUUGAAGAAAGACUCAUCUUAUGAUGCCCCAUUGCACAAAAAUAUAGCACAAAAUGGCAUUGAGAACAUACCUCCACCUCAAAGGUUAGCUGAGGAUGUUGCAGACUUUCAGCCUGCAAAGGAUAUGGAGGAGUUAAAGGCAGCUAAAGAUGCUGAGGCCAGACAUGUUGAUAAUGCAAUGAACUUUGAAUCAGCCAAGGAGGCAGUGGAACCAAAGUUAGUUAAGGAUUUGGAGGAGUUGAAAUCAAAGCUACAACUAACGAGUUCAAAAUUACAAGAGGCUGAUCAUACAAUCACAAAGCUGACUAAAGAGAGGAGCGCAGCCAUUAGAGAGAAGGAUAUUCUCAAGCAUGAAGUAGAGUUGUUAAGGAGAAAAAGAAUGAAAAGAAUUCAGGUGGGUUUUCCUCUUCUUUAUGUUUGUAUGGUUGCUCUCAUCAGUCUGGCAUUUGGAUAUCUUCUUCAUCCCUAGGCAGAAGGUUUUUGUAAUUUAAACGUGUCGAGUAUGUACUAAUGGACAGGUAUAGGAGAAUCUGAUUGCAAAGAGCUUUUUUUUUGUGUUUUUUUUCCAUAUUUGAUUUGUUGUGUGAUAUGUAUGUAGCAGUUCUUGAAAUGGUGCAUGUAAAGGGAGCUGAUCUCUUGUAAUAAAAGAAAUUAUAAGCUAUAAAAUUCAUACCUUUAUGGUCGGAUGCUUUUGCAUUGUUCCAUA